AUGCUUCAAAGGCGUAGUAGUCGAUUUAUGUAUCGUGUUCUGGCAAAUACGUUUUUAAAUAAAGGCGUCUUUGCACACUCAGUUAAAAUCCAUCAGGGUAACCCACCACAACCCCCUUCUUACCUCCUCUUUCCCUCAAUUUAUCCCGAGCUAGCUGCGUGCGCGACGGUGAGUAGGUUACUCUCACUCCUUCUCUUGACAUGGGAUCAAUUUAUCAGCGGCAAAACUUCUGAAACAUCCCUACCCUCUGCCACGUUUCAAAUGGUAGACGAGAUCAAGCCGGGUCAGACGGUGGGCAACAUCUGUCACGCCCUCUGGCCCAAAUCAAGCAUCGUCUUCUCCCUCAUUGUGGUGACCUCCUCUCGCUUCCAGCGCUUCAAUGAAUACUUCUCCAUUACAAAGAAUGGCAGCAUAGUCGCGCAAAAGUUCGUUGACCGUGACAACGUCAAUGACAUAUGUGGACCUCUGGAUUGCUGUCAGUCAGCCAUUUGCAUCAUCCAUGCAAGAGUCAUGUUCAUCGUGGAACAAAGCGAGAAUUCCAUGAUGCAUUCGCACGACCAAGUGCUGGCGCACCUUCAAAUCCACCUCGCUGACAUUAACGACAACUCGCCACAAUUUCCUUUGAACUCACAGGGCUAUCCUCACUUUACCAUUCGCGUACAAGAGGGUGCCAAAUUCGCCCGCGAAAUGCUUCCUUCCGCAGUGGAUUUGGACAGCGCAGGCAAUGGAGUGGUUCAGUACCGCAUCAAGGCAAACUCACCCUCAGCAGAUCUCUUUCAAUUAACCUACGAGAAAGUGCUGAUUAAUCCUUUGAGUGAAUCCCAUGGAUGGAGACUUUCACCUCCUACCCUUAUUCAACUACGUGAAUUGGAUUAUGAGAACCCCGCUGAUAAGGAAUUCGAACUAAUUGUCAUUGCAAUAGAUGGAGGUGAGCCUUCACUGACGGGAUCCCUUUCUGUCACUGUGGUUCUCAUGGAUAUUAACGACAACACUCCAGUGUUUGAUAGGACCAAUAUCUCCAAUAUCGAAUUAGCUGAGAAUACAACAUACUCACCUGAUCCUGUGUACAGAUUCCUUGCCACAGAUAUGGAUUCAGUUGACAAUGGUCUUAUAACCUACUCAUUGAGUCCUCUAAACGAACCGAAAGUAUUUGAGAAGUUUUCCAUCGACGGCCGCUCGGGUGCUCUCUACUUGAACUCGAUUCUAGACUACGAGGUCUACAGCGAACGACGCUUCACUGUGAUUGUUGUAGCCUCGGACAACGGAACACCAAAACGCUCGGGCACUACCACACUCACAGUUGUCACGAAGGAUGUCAAUGAUAAUCUGCCAAGUCUAGUUGUGCAGGAGAACAUCACGGUCAUAGAGGGGCUCAACUACACCAAACCUGUUGUCAGGUUCUAUGUCAAGGAUGACGAUUCCGUGUCAAGGGGAAAGGUGAUCUGCCGACCAGCUCCUAAUCGGGUAAAAGGAGCUGGCUCUGCAUCCCUUCGUCUGCAAGAAGUCACUACAAAUGCCUACUUUGUCUUCACCGAGGGCAUUUUCGACUACGAAGAGGCACAAUCCGCUAGUGUGGAGAUCGUCUGUUCCGACAGUGCGGACCCUUUUGACACACGCGAACGUAUUCUACGCAUCACCCUUGCCAUCGGUGACGCCAACGAUCACUACCCCGAGUUCGGAGUUACGGAACUCCUCGCCAAGUUACCGGAACACUCUCCAAAAGGAAAGAGGGUGACUCAAGUUACUGCCAACGACGCCGAUGCAGGAAUACAUGCUCGUCUGACCUACUCCCUCAUCAACAGCAGUGGUCGUCGUUGUAGCGUUCAGGAGAUCUUCAGCAUUGAUAGUAUGACUGGAGUAGUCACUGUAAAGGACAGUGAAUGUCUAGAUCGUGAGGUAAACGAGGAAAUUGAAGCCUUUGCUGCUGCAGAAGACGGAGGUGGUCUUUCGACCUCAGUAAAGCUACGCAUCCGUCUUACAGACAUCAAUGACAACAGUCCCUCUAUACAGGUUUUAGAUUCUCUGAGUGUGGCUGAAAAUCUUCCAGCUGGAGUGGUAGUCGGAAGAGUGAGAUGCACUGACGCAGAUAUUGGUCCGAACUCUGAAAUCCGUCUUGAACUCGCGGCAAACAAUACCCAGCAAGUUCGUAAUGCUUUUGACACUAUACGUGAGAGGGGAAGUGCCAGAAACUUGUUUUUAUCCCAUGGAAUGGUGAGAGGAAUGAACGACAUUACAGGUCUACUGGUGACAAAAAAACCUCUGGAUCGAGAAGAUAUUGAAAGCUACACUAUUCACUUUGUAGCUACAGAUUCAGGAAACCCACAGAGAACAACCUACAAGAGUGUUCAAGUGCUUGUUCUUGAUGAAAAUGAUAACGUUCCUGCAUUAAGAUUUCCUCAUCCUGAUACCACAGUUGGAUACCAUCCUCAGGUGUACACCAACUCGCCACAUGGUUCAAAGGUGUGUGUUCUACGCUCUUACGAUCCAGACAAAGGUGAAAAUGGCACAGUUAUUUAUACUCUACAGCAAAACACCAACGGUUCUCGCUACUUUCAGCUGGAUCAGGCGACUGGGGAACUCACCACAGCCUGGCAUCAUAGGGGUCCAACUCCAGGCGUCUAUGCAGUUAGAGUUCUCCUCUACGACAUGGGUCAAAAUCCCACCAAAGCUGCGUGGAACUUUUUUGUGUAUAUUAGCCCCAGAAAUACCCUUCUUGACACAGUCCAUCUGAGUAGAUCGUUCUCCACGGGGACGGCUAGCAAUGUCACAGCCUCGUCCAAAUCAAAAAGCCGAUUGACCCAUACCACAGUGAUCAUGAUCAGCGUGGCUGUGCUGAUAUUUCUAGUCAUCAUCGUCAGUUGUAUCUGUAUGAUCAAGGUCCUUUUACGCUCUAGGGCCAAAAACAGUCACCAAAAUCAUAACCAUCGAGAGGAUGACGGUGUGAUGAAAGAACCUUCCGCUGCUAUAUAUUCACCACCCGCUCUAAAUAUGGUGUUCACUCAAGCAGCCCCUUUAGUCGACAACACUAUGACAGCAGACAACCAGAAGUACACAGUUCCCACUCCGGGUCACUCCGGUUGGUGCAUGAAGCCGUUUGGCCAAAACGAGGUGGUCACUCAGGUGACGCCAGAUGUACACCCCGUUGACGGAUCGGCUGGCAGUCCAGGAGAGGAAAGCAAUAAUCUCACCUCGUUCCAUCAUAUCCCAUCCUCCGGUAAGACCCUUCUCCCCUCCUUUCUUAGUGUAUUCGACACGCCUAAUGUUUGUGCGAUGAUAAGCCAGUUAGGUAGUGCAAGUGUCGGUGCUAGGGCCAUUGCAGUCAACGUUCCUCUGAGACCACGAUGGCAGGACGCGUCAAAGACUGUGCUUCAUCAGCAGCAACGUUUUCGUGGUGGCGGUGGUGGAGGCGACAGCGAUGGUGGUGAUGGCACUGCCUUGGCGCGGCGCUCUGCGCCUCGCCGUGCCUUCUCGGUUGACCUUCAAGUGAGAAUUGAAGCUGUAUCUCCUCCUGCCGAGUCAGUUCUGUUACUUGAUUAG